GCGCGCCCACGGCAUUUAGAUGUGUCAGAUGUGCGUCACCACUACACGCCUGUUGUCAGCGCGAGGUGAGUUUACAUUCAGGGCACGAGGUAACAACACACACUAAUACCCGAAGUGCACCGCACCGAUACACACAUAUUAGAGAUAAUGGCGUCCGUGAGUGUGGUCGGUCAGCACCCGGGGCCCCACGGACUGGACUCCGAACCGCAGCUGCUGUUCGUGAAACUGACCGGCGGCGUGAAGAAAAUCUCGAGGAAGUCAUCGUGGGAGAAGAUGAUGUUCAGGAGGAGCUCGGCUGCUGACACCGGUUCCAGAGAUUCAACCCAGUCCUCGUCCCCGGGGUCAGUGGAGAAAACGGCGGGGAGAGGCAGAGUGAUGCCCGGGGAAGGAUGCGGAGCUCCCGGUGCGCCACGUAGCCCGGACAUCACGGACCGUGACAAGCGCACCACAGUCACACGAGAAAGUCAACCCGGGCACAUCACGGACUGCAACAGCAACGUCGACUGUGACCGUAGAAGGACUUCAGUCAAGCGGCCGGGCGCCAGUGCCAUGCACACCGGCACAUCGGUAGCGAAUGGACACAAAGCCGCGCACCGGCACAGAGACGCGGCGCAGCGGCAGCGUAAGUCCCGGGACGGAGACAGUGCGCAUCAAAGCGUCUCCUCCGGUUCCACACCCGCAGACAGUGGCAGUCUGCCGCUGGAAAGACUAACGCAGGGCAGGACCGGAGUCGUGAGGUUGGCCCGGACCGAGCCCCCCCGCAGGGAGGCCUGGUCCAUCUUCCCCCAGGAGGCGGACCCCCGGGUGAAGACCGAGACGGGCGAGGGACACCGGUUCGAGGCCAAGCCCGUUACGCAGGACUGGUGUGAUGCUUGUAGCUGUCAGAUCACUGCACAGUCACUCAAGUGUCAGAACUGCAGCUACACCUGCCACCUGGAAUGCGAGAAUCAAAUCCAGCUGGACUGCAAUCAGAGGGACAAGAAGCUUGCAAAAACAUCACCUCCCAGAAGUCACUGCCUCACACCCCUACGGCAAAAGCAGCCUGAAGCAAAAGAGGAAGAGGAGGGAGUGACAAAAGACUUGCCAGAGGAUGAAGUGCGGACCAGGAUAGAAGAGUAUAAUGCUCAAGUCUCUGAAACUGGCAUGAAACUGGCUUCAGAUGGAUCCUUCACAGGUUUCAUUAAGGUCCACUUGAGGCUCAGUCGACCAGUCACCGUCCCCGCGGUGGAGCAGGCGGGAUCAGAGGGAGCGUCCUGGCAGACGGGCGGCCACAUCCGACUGCCAUCAGACAGCCAGGAGGAGACAAGCUGUGGGCCGUGUGAAAAGAGGACAUCUUUUUACUUACCAUGUGACUGUGUGAAGCAGGUCCACAUCAGCUCUCUGACCACUACCAGAGAGGUGAUCCAGGGCCUGCUGAAAAAGUUCAUGGUGCUCGACAAUCCCCGCAAGUUUGCAUUGUACAGGCAGACGCACCGCGACGGACAGGAUCUGUUCCAGAAGCUGCCUCUAUGUGAGCGGCCUCUACUUCUGAGGUUGAUAGCAGGACCGGACCCAGAGCAGCUCAGCUUCGUCCUCAAAGAAAAUGAGACGGGUGAAGUGGAGUGGCAUGCGUUCUCUGUACCCGAACUGCAUAACUUCCUCGUAAUCCUGGAAAAGGAAGAGGCAGAGCGUGUUCGAGCAGUAGAGCAAAAAUACGCUGUUUACCGAAAGAAACUGCAACAGGCCCUAAAACAACACGACCCUUGACCCCUCACCUGUUACUUUAUGACAACAACCCAGGGAAAAACUGACCCUUUGUCCCGUGACCCCUCAAGACAACAUCCAUAAUCUAUUCCGAGACUGGAGCCGGUGCUGGCCUUGUUUCCAGUCUCCACAUACACACACAAACGUACACCCACAGAUGCAUAUCCUUUCUCAGGACGCACACAGACCCCCACCACCCAUACAUGCACUCCCUAAGGAGAAACACAGGGGCUGAGAGCGACGUGAAAGACUACAGUGUGUGUGCUCGACUGGCAGAUUGGACGAGUGGUGUUUUCAUUGCCAAGGACACACACAGAAAAAUUAGAGAUAGAUCUUCAACUGUUUGAGAUCUCAUUUGGGACUGAUGUGAAUCCGAGGUGUUCAAGGUCUCCUUCUUCUUCUGCUACUGCUGCUGCUGCUGCUACUGCAAGUGUUACUUACUGUAUGCAUGAGUCUCCCUCAGCUCAUCCCCCUGCACAUAGAGUUAGAAAACAGAAGGCAUGGUUACUUUUUUCUGUAUCUCUUUGAAAUGGAAGGACAAUCAUUUUUUUCUUAAUUGAGGGUAUCAUCAGAUCAUUUUUGCUGAAACACAGGAUGACUGGAUCUGUGAGGGGGGUGUUUAGGAUUUAGGGUUUUAAUCCUGGCUGUCAGUGCACAGUGCAGAAGUGUGUUUUCAUUUAGACUAGUGAGAAAUGGAAGGAUAAAAAAAGAAACAACUUAUAUCCAUUUUCUGGUUUUUCUCAGGGAGCAUGACAUGAUCAAAGUGAAAUCCUAAAGGAAGAGGAAAGAGAUCUCCCCUCCACCCGACACCACCUCGUCUUUGCCCACGUUGUCCAAAACUCUACCUUUUCACCCUCUUCUCUGUUCUUAUCAUCUCACUUUUCUACUUUAAUGCGAGGAAGAUCUUUAAUACAACCCCAUUCCCACCCUUUACUCUUUUAAAACACACACAGGCACAUGCACAAUCCUAACCUCAGAUGACAACUGUGAUGUUUCUUUUCCUGAUUUAACAAACCUUGUAUGAACUCCACCUGGAAACAAAGCCUACUGAGGGAGGCAAUUCACACUCCUCCAUUAAUACACUUUACAUGCACUGUUAGUGUAGUUGGAUUGUUUUGAAUGUGAGUGGAUUUUAACACCAAAGUUUUGAGGGAUAGAUCUAUAAAAAGAUUUUAAAUGAAUGAAAGAUGUGUAAAUUUAUGGGAUUAAAGGUGACAUAUAAAAUAAUGAUAGUGUAUAAAAAUUAAGACAGCUUCUGUUUUGCACAUAUACAGUAGUAGAUUCAGGUUCCUGAACUGCUCACAGCUCUGUAGAACCAGGCCUCAACAUACAUUUCUGUUUUUUUCCCUUUAUCUUCCCACCUUCCAGCCCAAAAACUAACGAAAAAUUCUGAAUUUGUCAUAAUGGCUAUGAUGUACCAAUGGUGUGUUUGCAUUUGCAAUGCCUAAGUAUUAUGUAGACACUGGAAAAAGAGUGAUAAGAUUUAACUUUGUUGUUACUAUGAUGAAUAUUUAUAUACUUAUUCCUUUGGUAUCAUUCUUACUGGUUGGUGUGUGUGCUCAUCUAGGGCAGUGAGGAUCAUGUGAAUAGUGUUUUAUGAGUGUCUGUGUGUGUCAUCAGCGCUCCCUCAUUGGGCCUCAUUUAUCAAAUAUCACACAUACAUUAAGUCCUUAUGUAAUAUAACACAUUUUGAAUGCAAAUUGGGUUAAGAACAUAUAUUUGGCGUGCAUGGAUCCUACAAUGAAUGCAUUCAGCUGAAGCGUUUCAACAGUUCUCACUUAUUUUUUUCCAUUUCUUUGACAGAAUUACUAAUAAAUGAGGCCUGUUGUCCAUAAGCACAUGCUUCAGUAAAUCCAAACCUGUUGAUUUGUAAAACGGCACCACCCAAAGCCCAAGCUGUUCCUGCUAGUAGUGCCUUUUGUUUCAUGAGCUCCUGUGUAUCUAUGUAUAGUGUGUUUCAGUACACAGGUGCCUGAGUGUAUGUAUGGGUUAUUUUACAUGUGUGCACAUACAUCUGUGUUUCUUGGGGUGGUGUUGUACACUGUAUGUAUUAUGUUUUUUUCGUUAUGCCGCCCACCCUAAACACCUGUUUGUCCUUCCAACAAGACCUUUGUACGGGUGAGUGAGAGUCAGUGUGUGUGAGUGUGAGUGCAUGUUAUUUAUUUCGUGGUUUGCUCCAUCCCUGUGAUAGUAUAUCAAGGAUGUUGAGACCUAAUGCUUCUUUGCAAAUUAUUUUUUUUGAAGAGGUGUGUAUAACUAUAUCAGUAGAACUGUACAGAUUAUCAGAAUGAAAUAAAAAAGGUCACCCCUUAA